AUGUCGGUGAUCCUAAAAAGUUCUGCUCGGCUGCAUUUGAAGGGAAAUAUGUCGAGAUGGGAGAGCCUCCCAGUCAGCGAACAACAGCAGAGAUAUCUGGCAUCCACUACAACAACAACAACACUUGACUCAAUGGAGAGUACCACAAGAAGAGCGCUUGGUGGAUUGAUUCGACAAGAAAUGUCUGAAAUAACAAAGUUUGACACGUGCUGCGCAAAUCACCGACGAAAGACUGGACAGAAGAUAUGCUAUUAUCGAAGCGGCAGUUCAAAUGAUUUUCCAAUUCCAUAUUUAUGCGAAAUGGGAUGUUGCAAUCAUGGAUGUUGUACAGUUGCUGAUCUUGCUGCGAAAAGCAAUUCGUUUGGAUGGGCGAUAGCUCUUCUAUCAAUCGUAAUAAUCACAAUUUUUCUUGCUUUAAUAGCUAUAUUUGCUGUCUAUAUAAUGAAUCGACGAAAAGAUCAAAUGUUGAAAAGACAAUUUGUUUACGGUGGUGAAAGUUCGGCUGCAAGUCAGAUCAGCGGACCUACUACCUACUAUCCUCGUGACGGUUUCAGCAAUACUCAAAGCCUCAAACAUUUCUGA